CCCCGGGGCUGUGGCCAUGCGAGCGGCGGCUCCGGCCCCGGGCAGUGGCUUCGCUGCCAGCACCCCUCGUCCCCCGCGGGCCCCUCGGGGCCGCCGCCGGGUGCGGGCGUCCUUCGUGGAUGAGUCGCUGUUCGGCCGCCCCGCGGGGGCCCGCUCGCCGCCGCCCGCCUUCCCUCCGCCCUGGGCGGCUCCGGUGGCUCCCGCUGCCGGCGGCUCCCGGCCCGGCACUCAGUGCAGGUCCCGAAGCCACGCUCCGUCCUUCUGUGAYGAGUCCCUGUUCGGUGCCAAGCCCCAGGGUCCCGCCUGGGCAGCUCCGCGGAUGAGAAAAGAAGAUGUAGCCAAGCUCCAUACGCUGCUCUGGAGCCCUUCUCCUGCACCCCGAAACCAGCCUGGCCUUUCCCCACACUCCAGGGGGACACCCCUUAGAGCUGUCCACCCACCGGCCUCGGCGCCUCCGGCCGCAUCUGAGCCCGGCCACAAGGACAAGUCGUAUGGCUGGAGGCAUCCCAGGAGCGAUGCUUGCUCCGAAGGCUGGCGUGCUCCUGGCAGAGGACGUUCCCAGUCUGUCAGCCGGCUGAGCACCCCCCYGGACAGGAUUCGCCUGUCUUCCGGCCUCAGCACAGAAAGGUGGAAAAACCAGAGYGCUCCGACAACCCCUGCUGCCCCCCAGGGCCCUCUGGUGAGGGGCCGGUCCAACAGCGUGUCUGGAUCUCCUGUGCUCAGGAAUGCCAAGGCAGCAGGUGGCUGCAAACCCAGACCACCCUGGAAGUGAUGCCAAAUGUCCCUCUGGAUGUAYAUACAGCCUUAUGAGGCUUCCUCGUGACCAGGCCCACAAAGACCCUGCGCUUUUCCAUGGCUGGAAGUGAAGGAUGCGGCUGUUCCCCGCUGGAAGGUAUUGAAAGGCUGCUUUGAGGCCCCCCAAAAGGUUCCCUUCUCCAGGAAAUGAGCUCAGUUCCCUCUGUCUCUGUGCACAGGAUGUGCCUUGGUGUCUCCGUGCUGUCCUUGUUCCAUGUCAUCAACGCCUUAUGGACUGUCCCAGCCAAGCAGGACAAGGGAGAAGCACAGAGGUGAGGAGCAGCACUGCCCUGGUUCUGCUGGCAGUGGGAUGGACCCAGGCUGGAUGGGCUUUGUGACAGACAAGGAUCUGCGCAGGGAUUUCGGCAGCUCGUGGUGAUGAGGAGGCGCUGAGUGGACACAUAAUUGUGUGGCUGGUGCUGAGGGUUGUGAGGUGCUCCCAGCAGUGCCAUGCUGUCACCAAAUAAACGAUCUGAGGCAGA